CUUUAAAAAAAAAAAGAUGAGAAACCAGUGGAUAGCAGCAGUGUUUAUCAUGGCAUUCUUGGUUUUCAGUGCUCAUUCUGAUGACGAUGAUUGUUAUGAGGCUUGCAUGCACUUCUGCUCAGAUACUCUUUCUGAGGACUGUAAGCUCCACUGUGAAUCUGCUUGCUCUGAUAAGGUUCCAAAAACUCUGGAUGGACCAUUUUUCUGCAAGCUUGGCUGUUCCCUUCGUCAAUGCUCUCGCAUUUCUACAGAUAAGGCGAAAUUUCGCAGCUGCAUGGACAACUGUGGGGAGAGCUACUGCAAGCUACCACAUCGCAAUUAAGUAGCCAGCCAAGCUGG